AUGACAAUGGCCCGGACCAUCAAGCUGUACAAGGUGCCAGAAAGCUGCCAGCUCUCCGGCAUGCGAGAGAUGAAGAAAGACGACGUGCCACGAGUCCAUGGAUUGGUGUCCAAUUACUUGAAGAAGUUUCAACUUCACCCGGAGCUUUCACCGGCAGAGGUUGAGCAUUGGAUGCUGCCACGGCCAGGCGUCGUCUACUGUUACGUCCGUGAGAACGAGAAGGGCGAGGUCACCGAUGUGUGCUCCUUCUACAACCUGCCAUCAUCCAUUUUAGGCCAUGAGAAGCACACCAUCCUCAAGGCAGCUUAUUCCUAUUGGAACGUGGCGACCACCGUGCCCUUGCAGGACUUGAUGUAUGAUGCCCUCAUCUUGGCCAAGCAGCAGGACUUCGACGUGUUCAAUGCGCUGGAUGUCAUGGAGAACGAAAGCUUUCUCAAGGACCUCAAGUUUGGCAUCGGGGAUGGCUAUCUGCAAUAUUACCUCUACAACUGGAAGUGCCCGAAAAUUGAGCCGGGAAACAUGGGCCUAGUGUUGCUCUAG